AUGGCCGAACGCAAGACCGUCCAGAAGUACUAUCCCGCCGACUUUGACCCAGCAAAACUAGUGCGCUCAAAGAAAUCUUCAACUCCCACGCGCACCGUCGUCAACUUCGCCUGCCCUUUCCGCAGCAUGCGAUGUCUCUCAUGUGGCCACUACACCACCAAAGGCAAAGUCUUCCGCAACAGCCCAAAACACAUCUCGCCAGAAAAUUACCUUGGUGUCAAAAUCAUCACUCUGCACUGCAAGUGCCCUGGCUGCGCCGCACAAAUCAUCAUCGAAACCGACCCCAAGAACAUGGACUACAAGAUUGUGAGCGGGGCGAAGAGGGAAUACGAAGCGUGGAGAGAUAAUGAGCGCGCCAAAGAUACUGAAGAGCAGCGCUUAAAUCGUCUUGAAGCUGAGGGACUUGAAGGAGGUGAAGACAAAGCGACUAUGGAGACGCUGGAGCGCAAGACUGAGGACGCCAAGGUCGAGAUUGCUGUCGCUGAUGCGUUGGAUGAGAUCAGAGCGGCGAACGCACGAAGAGAAGGGAUUGAUGCGACAUUCGCCGCGGCUACUCUUGCGCCAUCGAGGGAGGUUGAGGAUGCGCAAGAUGCGGAGAUCGCACGCGCUGUCUUCAAGGGUGCGAAGAGAUGUUCGCCGGAGUCUGAAUUGUCGCGAGAGUCGCUGAAUGUGGAGUUCCCGGUGUCCAGGCCGGCGAAGAAGGCCAAGAAGGAUUUUGCGAAGACGUUGGGGAUUAGGAGGAAGAUGGAUGUCUAA